AUGGAUCAAGACCAAGUUGCUUUUCUCUUAGAGCUAGAGGAUAAGCUGGCCAAAAUUCGGUCCCAAGUAACCUCUAAAUUGGAAAAUCAAAAACAUGUUGCUAUAAUAUUAACUGCCGUUGAGGAGAACAUUGUAGGCCAAGCCACAAAUGACGUUUCAAAAAAUAUUGUAAAUUAUAUAAUUUCCUUUAUGUCACUAUUGGACCAAGCAGUAGACCCGUCUACCCAUGAAAUAAAGGAUCUUCAGUUGGCUUCUUCGUCUACAUAUCUUUUGGAUCUGAUAUUCCAUUAUUCUCCGAAGCCAUUAUUGAGAUCGAAAUUCUCUGAAAUACUCACGAAAAUUGCCCCAUGUAUCACCGCAGAAAAGGCUAAUGCCCCUCUAAUUAGAGCUGCCAUUGGUUGUUUAGAAUCUCUUCUUAUUGCUCAAGAUGCACAAGCUUGGAACAAUACUUAUGAUCUAAAUGUCACUCCAAAAAGAGGUUUGCAAGGUAUACUUGAACUUUCUUUAGAUGUAAGACCAAAGGUAAGAAAGAGAGCACUAGAUGCAGUUCAUGCAGUUUUAUUAAACCCUCCUGUUGCACCAACUGCAGAGCAUGUCGCGGCAGUUUUUGUGGCAGAUUUCUGUGACAAACAGUUAGAAGGUAAUUUGAACGACCUCUCCAAUUUAUCAAAUAAACAAUUGAAAGCACAGAAAACAAAGGAAGAUAUCAAUUCUAAUGUCAUGCGUUCUUUGAGAUUGGUUACUUCGGUUGUCUCUACUGGACAGUGGCCAUCUUCACAGAUUGAGCCUCUUUGUGAUAUACUGUUAGGAGUCACUAAAAGCUCAGAGCAAUAUCUCGUUUCUGCGUCAUUUGAAUGUUUUGAGAGCAUGUUCAAAAGUAUGGCAGAGACUACUGCUUCAUCUGGUUUGGCUGAAAAUAAGUAUCUAAGAGUCUUGGAUACAAUCUUUGCAUUAAAACCAUCAAAUGUAGAUACAUUAUUAACCAAGUCCUGGAUUGCUGUGGUAAUCAAAGGUAUGUCCACUUAUGCAGCACAUCAACCAUUGAAAGCAUUGCGUAAAAUCCCUGGUGUAUUCCAUAUUAUGUCCACAUAUUUAGCUAGUGAAACCCCAGAAGUAUACCAAGCUGCCUCUCAAUGUCUUAUCUCAAUCCUUUCUGAGUCUGUUAAAGAUGAUUUGUUAUUGUAUACACCAAGUGUGGAUGAGAAAACUUUCAAAAACGUAGAUGAAAUUAUCUCUCAAAUUGCAAAAGCGUUUAUCGACUUCUUAUCCAUUAGAUAUUCCCAUUGUUCCAGAGAUGUUCUUAAGAUUUUGGUAGCAGCAUUUAACAAAUUCAGAUAUAGAUCUAAUCCUCACUUUUUGAAAUCAUUGAAAAUAGUUGAUACAUGGAGAGUAAACGAAGAACAAUUUAUGGAUUUGAGAAACGAAAUUGAAUUAGUAAUUGGGGCCUCCAUUUCUGCUAUGGGCCCUGAAGUGAUACUCGCUGAAGCACCUUUAAAUUUGGACAAUCCGUCUCCUGAAAGACCUGGUAGGGCCUGGCUGUUACCACUUAUUAGAGAUUAUACCAAAAAUUCAAAUCUUGCAACUUUUCAAAACGAACUGGCACCAUAUAUUAAAAGUUUUCAAUCUAAGUUCGAUAAAGUCCCGGAAGAAUCUAUUCAAUUGAGAGUUUUUCAAACCAUUGUUGAUCAAAUCUGGUCCACGCUUCCACGUUUCUGUGAACUGCCAAUGGACUUGAGAGAAUCAUUCACUGACGAAUUUGCCUCAGAUCUAUCUUCUCUAUUAUACAGUGAGGUUGAAUUAAGAACUACUAUAUGUCAUGCUCUGAGGGUCUUGGCAGAAAGUAAUGUUUCAUAUUCCGAAAGUUCCCAUUCUGACAACAUUUUAUUGUUACAACGCUUCCCCGUUUCUGAAGCUCAAAAGAAUAUAGAAUACCUUUCAACCAAAUCAAACAACCUUUUAGCUGUUUUGUUUAACGUUUAUACUCAAACCACUCCAAACGCAAGGAGUUAUAUUUUGGAAACGAUUGAUCAAUAUUUAAAGAUUACUUCCAAAGAAGAUUUGGAGAAAACUUUCAACAAUGUAUGUGGUCUUUUGAAGAAUUCCAUGAGCGAAGAAAGUAGUGGAAACGCAAACAAAGAAAAGAAAAAGCCUCAAUUGACAGCGACACUAUUAGAUUUGAUCAUAUGCAUGAUAACAUACUUACCUGUCUCGUCUUAUUCUGCUUUAUUCUCAAUAUUUGGUCUUACCGUGAAUUCUGCUGAUGCUUUAAUUCAAAAAAGGGCUUAUAGAAUUAUUACAAAGCUUUCUGAGUUGGGAUCUGGAUCAACGGCUGUUGCCCAAUUCAUUUCUGAUAUUGAGAACGUCAUGGUAGAUAACACUUCCACUGUCCAAACAUCUGCUAAAGCUGCAAGAUUAGCAGCAAUUAAAACUAUAGUAGAAUUGUUACCUUCAGACCACCUUGGUUUCAUUGUUAGAACCGUAGCUGAGGUGAUUUUGAGCACAAAGGAUGUGAAUGAAAAAUCUAGAGAAACUGCUUUUGAUACUUUGAUUUGCAUGGGUAGAAAAAUGAAUGAGCCAAAUGGUAUUAUCAAACUGUCCCAAAUACCAGGUUAUGACCCUGCCACUCCGGAUCAGGCGUCAUCGAUAUCGGAGUUUUUCAAGAUUAUUUCUGCCGGUCUUAUUGGUGAAUCUCAACAUAUGGUUAGUAGUUCAAUUACAGGUUAUGCUUGUUUAGUUUUCGAAUUCAAAAAUGAAAUCGAUUCUGGUAUAUUAAUGGAUAUAUAUGACACCAUUGAACUGUACCUAACUUCCAAUUCCAGGGAAAUUGUAAAAAGCGCCAUUGGGUUUACGAAAGUUUGUGUUUUGGGUCUUCCAGAAGAACUUAUGAGACCAAAGGUGCCAGAGUUACUUUUAAAAUUAUUGAGAUGGUCCCAUGAACAUACGGGCCAUUUCAAAGCCAAAGUCAAGCAUAUUAUUGAAAGAUUGAUAAGGAGAUUUGGCUAUGACUAUAUUGAAGCCAACUUCCCCGAAGAAGAUAGGAAACUGUUAACAAAUAUAAGAAAGAUGCGUAACAGGAAUAAGCGUAAGGAUGAAGAGGCUACUACUGGUGUUAAAGAUGGGGCUACCACAAAGGGUUCGAGAUUUAUGUCUGCGUUCGAUGAAGCUGUUUAUGGGUCUGAUAAUGAAAAUGAUAAUGGAUCAGAUCAAGAAGAAAACGUCACAGGCGGCAAAAUGAAGAACGGGACAAAGCAGUUUAUUGUGGAAUCCGGUGAAAACCCAUUAGAUUUGCUAGAUUCUCAAACAUUGGCUCAUAUAUCAUCUACUAGACCAAAGAAAUUCAAUAAAAAUCAAAAUAGGGCCAGGUUUAACGAUGAUGCGUUUAAUUUUGACUCAGAAGGCAAACUCGUCGUCAAGGGGCAGCCUAAGCCCUCUACGAAUGCAGAUGAUCCACUGAGUGCUGUAACAAGCGGCAUCAAUGCAUAUCUAGAGGCUGUGAAAAGUGGUCCUGUAAGAGGUCAAAGAAACAAGUUGAAAUUCAGAAAAAAUGGAAAAAACUCCGAUGACUUUGGUGAUGAUGACGAUGAAAGGGAUAGUAGGGCAAUGAGAGGAAGAACAGAUAUAGGUAAUAAGGUCGGCAAACAUAGUAAGAGAGGCCCUAAGUUCAAAUCUAGAAAGAAAUUAUAG